UUCAUAUAUCUCUCUCUCUCCAAACUCCAAGGCUAAGCUCUUCGGUUGGUCACACCAUCAUGGCCCUGCUUCUCUGGCUCUGCCUCAUAUAUGUUGAUUAUUUCUUUCUCGCUUGUCAUCCUUCAAAGUCAUACCUGCUUUGGCUUCUCUCCUCCCCCCUCCCCCUCUCAAUCUCCCAUUUUUAAAGGGAGAUUGACAAGACACCCCGGGAACUCCGACUUCUCGUAUUCCUCUCUUGAACUCCCUCUCUUUUCUCCCCAAAAUGACUCAGUUUCUGUGUGUUUAGAUUCCUAUUAUCACCUGAGGUUGAACUGGUCUUGUCAUACAUGCUAAUGGUAAAGACUUGAGGUGCAAAUGGAAGCAGUUGUAUAUUUGCAGAGGAAUGCCUGGGAGUCUGUCUCGCUUCAGCUCAUGCAGCUUCCCUGUUUGUUGGAAUACCUAUUUAUUUCAUUGAUUUAAGAGAAGUUGACACUUCUGAAAGAAAAAUAUGGGCUUUGGAAAUACAAGAUCCGUAAGAUUUCAAGAUGAUCUUGAACAAGCAAAAAUCCCCGUGACUAACAGUGACAACGGGAUCAAAGUAAAAUACAACAUUGAUGGAGUACAAAUACCCGAGCCUAGCAGCACCAAAAUGGCUCAGAAGAAUGAAACAGGGAAGACUGGGAAGUUCUUGAGAGGCAGAGUAUUGUCAAGGGUAUUCUCAGAGGAUUACGAAAGAGUGAAAAGAAAAAUACUAGAUCCUCGAGGACAAACCAUUCACCGAUGGAACAAGAUUUUCUUGGUGGCAUGUUUAAUAUCUUUGUUUGUGGACCCCCUCUUCUUUUACUUGCCAGUAGUUCAAGAUGAAGUGUGCAUUGAGAUUGGAAUAACACCUGAAGUUAUCCUCACAGUCAUUAGAACAGUUGCAGAUUUCUUUUACAUGUUUCAGAUUUUCAUGAAGUUUCGUACAGCUUAUGUUGCGCCUUCCUCUCGAGUAUUUGGGAGAGGAGAACUUGUUAUCGAUUCUUCUAAGAUUGCAUUUAGGUACUUCAGGAAGAGUUUCUGGUUAGACUUUGUUGCUGCUCUGCCUCUUCCACAGGUGUUAAUUUGGCUUGUCAUCCCCUUCCUCAGGGGUUCUACCAUGGCAAAUACAAAAAAUGUUCUUCGAUUCAUCAUCAUCUUUCAGUAUCUCCCUAGGCUGUUUCUCAUUUUCCCACUUUCAUCAAUUGUAAAGGCUACUGGAGUUGUAACGGAAACAGCAUGGGCUGGUGCUGCUUACAACCUGAUGCUUUACAUGUUGGCAAGCCAUGGUUUAGGUGCUAUGUGGUAUCUUCUAUCAAUUGAGCGACAGGAAGCAUGCUGGAGAAGUGUUUGUGAUCAGGAGAAGUCAUAUUGUCAAUAUGGAUAUUUUGACUGCCACAGGGUCAACGAAGCCAGUAGGGUCGCCUGGUUUAUUGCAAGUAAUGUCACAAAUUUAUGCUCACCUGAUGUCAACUUUUAUCCAUUUGGCAUAUAUGGUGAUGCGGUGACUUCUGAAGUCACAAGCUCACCAUUCUUUAACAAGUAUUUCUACUGUCUUUGGUGGGGCUUAAGAAAUCUGAGUUCUUUAGGACAGGAUCUUCUCACUAGCACUUUUGUUGGAGAAAUAAUGUUUGCCAUUGUAGUUGCAACCCUUGGAUUGGUUCUUUUUGCCUUGCUUAUUGGUAAUAUGCAGACAUACCUUCAAUCAACAACCGUCCGCUUAGAAGAGUGGAGGGUCAAAAGAACUGAUACAGAACAAUGGAUGCAUCACAGACAGCUACCUUCGGAACUAAGACUAGCCGUAAGGAAGUAUGAUCAAUAUAAAUGGUUGGCCACCCGAGGAGUUGAUGAAGAGGCUCUUCUCAAAGGACUUCCAGUGGAUCUUCGAAGAGACAUCAAGCGCCACCUUUGCCUCGACCUUGUCCGAGGAGUCCCAUUAUUUGACCAAAUGGAUGAGAGGAUGCUAGAUGCAAUAUGUGAAAGGCUGAAACCUGCAUUGUGCACCGAGGGCACCUAUCUUGUUCGCGAGGGCGAUCCAGUGGAUGAAAUGCUCUUCAUAAUAAGAGGCCAUCUGGAUUCCUACACCACCAACGGCGGCCGAACCGGGUUCUUCAAUUCAUGCCGGAUUGGUCCGGGCGAUUUCUGCGGCGAGGAAAUACUGACAUGGGCAUUGGACCCUCGACCGAGUGUCAUACUUCCAUCUUCCACUAGAACAGUGAAGGCCAUCUCCGAAGUAGAAGCUUUUGCGCUUAUGUCAGAGGACCUCAAGUUUGUAGCGUCUCAGUUCAGAAGGCUGCACAGUAAACAGCUGAGGCACAAGUUCAAGUUUUACUCGCACCAGUGGCGAACAUGGGCUGCAUGUUUCGUCCAAGCUGCAUGGAGGAGGUAUAAGAAGAGGAAGGAACUUGCUGGACUGAGGGCUAAAAUGAACCAAACUGAUGAUGCUGAGCCUGAAACACCAAAUUCUGGCUCGUCAGGCUUAGUCGCAUAUGGAUCGAGUAAGGGUAGGAGCACCGGAAAAGGGGUUAAUAUGUGUUCUGAGGCAGCUUCUGGGGUUGUAAGCUCUCUGCAGAAGCCUGAAGAACCAGACUUUACUGUUGAUGAGUAAUAAAUAACAAGUGUAUAUUGUUUUAAUUAA